AGCCUUAGAUGCAAAAUGUGGCGAGGGAGAAAAGCAUGUGGCAUGUGAUGCUAACUUGAGCCACCACCCCUUCCUUGCCAUGGGAGGCAUUGAUUGUCCCACAGAAAGUCAGGUUGAGUUCUGAAUUUGGAGAAGCUGCUCUUUCUUUUCCUGCUUCAGCUUAGAGGUUCCACUUCCUUCUAGAGAUAAAGUGUAAUUUAAUUAGGAUUGGUUCCUGAAAGACAAGCCAUGGGAGUUUGUAUAUGAGCGAGUGGCUGUGGUUGAUAGCCGAGCCUCAUGGGCUGUUCAGCUGCUCUUCGCUUCUAUCUUCCGCCCAGCCGUUCCCCCAAGUUGUUCUCCUUUGGAUUCAACUUGAAGCAGAAUAAAGUUGCUUUUUUAACGACUACAAAAACAAGAAGACCAACACUUGGAAUUGUCAAAUCAGUUCUAAAUGGCAGUGCGUCAAGCAUUAGGGACAAUGAGUCAACUGAACCUGCAAGGAUUCUUCUUGAGAGAUUGUUUGAACAGACACAGAAAAUUGAAGAACAGAUGAAUGGAGAUUCUGAAUUUCCCAAGGAUGCUUACCCUGCAAUUAACCUUCGAGUCCUGGAGUCUGAUCUUUUGGCUGUUUUGGAAGCCUUAAGGAAAAAGGAAGAAGAUCUUCAGGACGCAGAAAAACAGGUUUUGUCAGAGCAUAAUGAUUUAAGCCGUGCAAGGGAGGAGUUGGUGCAACGAGAAAAAGAAAUGGCUGCUGCUUGUUUCAAGUAUGAAAAAUUAGAAGAGGAGCUGAAGGAGGCAAAUGUUAACCUGGCUUCUCAAGCCAGGCAGAUAGAAUAUUUAAAGCUUCAACUUAAGGAGAGGGAGGAGGAAGUUGUUGCUGCUCAAUCUAUACUAUCUGCUAAAGAAGAAGAAAUGGAAAAAAUGAAAAGCGAAUUGACAAAGAAGAGCGAGGAAGUUGCUAAAGUCGACUCUGAACUGAAAUGCAUGGCUCAACUCUUGGAUGAAGCCAAUAAAGUUGUUAAGAAACAAGAAAUUGAGCUUCAAGAACUCAAAAAUGCAAUUAGAGAGAAAGACGAAGAAUUGGAAGUAUCUACCACGGAAAGGAAACUUGAAGAGGAGAAGUUAAGAGUUGCAAAAGCGAAUCUGGAGAUGCAAACAAUGGAAUGGUUAAAAGCACAGCAAGAACUAAAGAAGUUGGCUGAUAAUGCUUAUAAACAAAUGGUAGAAACUAAUGGAACCUUUGAGGAUUUCAGAAGAGUUAAAAAGCUUCUAAUUGAUGUGAGAUCUGAGCUGGUUACUUCGCAAAAAUCUCUUGCAUCAUCUAGAAAGCGAAUGGAAGAACAGGACCAGCUAUUAAAAAAGCAACUAGCAGAACUUGAAGAAGAGAGGAAGAGUGUGAUCUCCUACAUGACUAGUCUGAAAGAUGCCCAAAUAGAAGUUGAGAGUGAGAGAGUGAAACUUAGGGUUGCAGAGGCUCGAAACAAGGAGCUUGAACGAGACUUAUCUAUGGAGAAAGAGCUCAUGGAGGAGUUGCACGAGGAGUUGAAGGAGGAGAAAUCUGCUUUGAAUCGGGCAAUGCAGGAGAUGUCUUCUAUACAGCAGGAACUAAAGCGCAAAAAUACUGAAUUUGAGGACACGCAUGGUCUUCUUCAGUUAAAAGAGUCAGAGUUGGUGGAUGCUAAGCUAGAAAUUCAACAUUUGAAAGCUGAGCUGACUUCACUUAAGCUUCUUUUGGAGGAGAAAGAUUUGCAACUCUUUAAUGCAAAGAAGAAGUUAGAAGAAGCGGAGCAACAGGUUGCAGAUUUAAAAAUGCUUAUGAGCAGUAAAGAGGACCAACUAAUUCAAGCAACAAAUAUGCUAAAGGAGAAAGAGGAACACGUUCAGAUGAUGCAAGAUGAGUUGAAUGACACAAAGAUGAAAAAAUCUGAAGCUCAAACUGUAGUGGAACAGAUUGUAGAGCUUACAAAUGAACUGGUUAUUUCCGUUAAGGAUGAAGAUUAUAGUGCAUUUAGGCAAUCUGAGAGCACUGGCUUGGAGCUCAUGCGACAACCAAUGAACAAGCCAAGUGAUGAUUUUGGGUUGCAGAAGAAACAGCUUGAGAAUGAGCUAAAUCUGACCAGAGAAAGCUUAAGAAUGAAAGAAAUGGAAGUCUUAGCAGCACACAGAGCUCUAACACUCAAAGAUGAGGAGCUCAAAGCAGUUACCGAGAGAUUAGAUGCCAAGGAAAAGGAACUGAAGCGACUUAAGGAAGAAAUGGUUGAUGAUGCUAACAAUCUGAAGGAGCUUUACACUUUGGCACAAGAGAGAAUUGGUGAGAAAAGUAUUGGGGACUUGGCUAUUGAGAAGCUUCAACUUGAGGCAGCAAAACUGGAAGUCGAAGCUGCAACCACUGCUCUUCAGAAGCUUGCAGGGAUGAGCCGAGAACUUCUGAAUAAGUCUGGCUUGAGCAUCGAGUUGGGUACUGAUAUCGGAACAUUCAUGCAAAACGGAUCUGAAUCUAAUCCUCAGACAAGCAUGUUUGAAAACAAUGAAUGUUUAAAGGAGGUUAAAACAGGAGUUGUUCGAUUGUCUGCUUUGACUGAGCAGCUAGCGAAAGAAGCUAGUGUCUCUGUUGGUGGAGACUAGCAGGAUGGAGAAGGUAUAAUCACCAGAUUCCAUGUACAGCUACUUUAUAGUAUCAAAAUCCACUGCGGUAACGCCAGUUGUUGUUGUAUGACGAAUGUAAACUGAGAAUAUAAUGCCAAAGAUGAUUUUUUUUUUUUUUCUUU